AUGUCUUCGUCUCCUCAUAACUCUUCCCCUGAUAACGCUACACCUGAUAACGCUACACCCGAUAACAGUACCCCUGAUGACUCAUCAUCACCACCACCUUCACCACCUUCGCAGUCACCACCACCGCCAUCCUCAACCCCCCCUCCAACGCCACCCUCUUCUCCACCACCUACACCAAACAAUCCAUCCCCACCAUCACCCAAUGCGGCCUCUCAGCCGCCGCCUUCUCCCCCAGUAUCGGGCCGUUCUCCUCCCUCACCACCACCUCCGCACAAGUCAAUAACAGCCACACCACCACCCCCUCGAAAUUCUGAUAGCAGUGAUGAUAGCAGUAAGGCAAUAGUUGGAGCAGUGCUUGGUGUAGGGAGCGUUCUUCUUAUUCUCGUCAUCGUUUGCGUUAUUUGCUCAAGGAAAAAGAAAAGAAAGCAAAUGUACUAUUAUGGAGAUCGACCAUCCCAUGGAAAAGGGAGUAACUACUACAACAGCGGGCAGCAUCCCAAUUAUUAUGGUGGUCAUCAGAAUGGGAUGGACCAUGUUGUUAGGGUACAAAAUGGAAUGGGUCCUAACGGUGGAGGGUGGGCUGCUCCACCACCACCUCCUCCACUAAUGAACAGUGCUGACAUGAGCUCCAAUUACUCAACAGGACCACCCCCUCUGCCUCCUCCAUCACCAAGCCUUGCUCUAGGCCUCAAGGGUGGCACUUUCACUUAUGAGGAAUUAGCAGCUGCUACUAACGGAUUCACUGAUGCCAAUCUGAUAGGACAGGGUGGCUUUGGUUAUGUUCAUAAAGGUGUUUUGCCUAGUGGAAAGGAAGUGGCAGUUAAGAGUCUUAAAUCUGGUAGCGGGCAAGGAGAGCGAGAGUUCCAAGCUGAGAUUGACAUCAUUAGUCGUGUUCAUCAUCGCCAUCUUGUGUCACUUGUUGGAUACUGUAUUUCUGGUGGACAGAGAAUGUUGGUCUAUGAAUUUAUUCCCAAUGACACUUUAGAACAUCACCUUCAUGGGAAGGGUCAACCUACAAUGGAUUGGCCUACUAGAAUGCGGAUUGCAAUAGGAUCCGCCAAAGGGCUUGCCUAUCUUCAUGAGGACUGUCAUCCUCGCAUAAUCCAUCGUGAUAUCAAAGCUGCGAAUGUCCUUAUUGAUGAUAGCUUCGAAGCAAAGGUUGCUGAUUUUGGAUUGGCUAAGUUGACUUCUGAUAAUAACACUCAUGUAUCAACUCGUGUCAUGGGAACGUUCGGGUACCUAGCCCCUGAAUAUGCAUCAAGUGGAAAAUUGACAGAGAAAUCUGAUGUUUUUUCAUUUGGAGUCAUGCUAUUGGAACUCGUAACUGGGAAGCGACCCGUGGAUCACACAAAUACCAUGGACGACAGCUUAGUGGACUGGGCUCGACCACUACUUACUCGUGGACUUGAGGAAGAUGGCAACUUUGGAGAGUUGGUGGAUCCAUUUUUGGAAGGAAACUACAAUCCUCAAGAAAUGACAAGGAUGGCAGCUUGCGCUGCUGCUAGCAUUCGCCACUCUGCCAAGAAGCGUGCAAAAAUGAGCCAGAUUGUAAGAGCAUUGGAAGGAGAUGUGUCACUGGACGAUUUGAAGGAUGGGAUGAAGCCAGGGUAUAGCGCUGUUCACACUUCUUCAUCAGGGAGCUCAGAGUAUGACACAAUGCAAUACAAUGCUGAUUUGCAAAAGUUCAGAAAAGCAGUGUUUUCGAGCCAGGAAUUUGGUGCCAGCAGCAGCUCUAGUGGCGAUAUGAGCCAGACCCCAAGGCAGAAGCAGCAGCCCCAGCUUUAG